AGCUGCUUUCUGGGUUUCCGGUGAGGACUGAUGUUCCCAGGAAUGAGAAAUGGACAGACACAGGCAGCGCCUGGCCGGCUGUCCCACUUUGCUGUGGAAAAAGAAGGGAAACAAACAAACAAAUACCCUGUCACCUGUUCCCUAUCCCCCUCGGAACUCUUGAGGGUGCUCCGCGCCCUCCAAGCUUCAGGGCAGCGCUGAGGCGCGCGAGUCCCGGGCGAGCGCUUGCUGUGGUGGGGCGCACGCAGGUCCCAGGGUUGCGCCCUCCGGUCUUGUGUCUGCCCCGAAGCCAAGUACUUCGACUUAGCCUGGAACAGCUAAGCCUGGGAUCUGGGGCGCGGGGACCUGGGCAGUGCCGCUCUCCGUAGCAGGGUGGACUGGGCCUGGAAGCGCGCGGCCACUCGGCGGGCGGCCACUUUCCCCUUCGCGGCUGGCCUCUGCGGGGAAAAUCCCACCCUUUGGUUCUUUGCUCCACCCCCUAACUCCAGCGCACCCCAGCUUGGCGCCUGCAGCUCGACUGAGUCUCACCGGGCGUUGCGCGGUCCAAGACCCGGACGACUGCAGGAUCCCGGGCAGCUGCGAGUUAGGCGACAACAUGAAUGGUUUGGGAGACUGGGUGGCCGAGAACGCGAGCCAGGCGGGCGGCACGGGCUGGCAACCCGAGGCUGUCCUCGUGCCCCUGCUCUUCGCUCUCAUCUUCCUCGUGGGCACCGUCGGCAACGUGCUGGUGCUGGCCGUGCUGCUGCGAGGCGGCCAGGCUGUCAGCACCACCAAUCUGUUUAUCCUCAACCUGGGCGUGGCCGACCUGUGUUUCAUCGUGUGCUGCGUGCCCUUCCAGGCCACCAUCUACACCUUGGACGGCUGGGUGUUCGGUUCGCUGCUCUGCAAGGCCGUGCACUUUCUCAUCUUCCUCACCAUGCACGCCAGCAGCUUCACGUUAGCUGCCGUCUCCCUGGACAGGUAUCUGGCCAUCCGCUAUCCGCUGCACUCCCGCGAGCUGCGCACGCCUCGAAACGCGCUGGCAGCCAUCGCUCUCAUCUGGGUACUGGCGCUGCUCUUCUCUGGGCCCUACCUGAGCUACUACCGCCAGUCGCAGCUGGCCAACCUGACAGUGUGCCACCCAGCAUGGAGCGCGCCACGCCGCCGCGCCAUGGACCUCUGCACCUUUGUCUUUAGCUACUUGUUGCCAGUGCUGGUUCUUGGACUGACCUACACGCUCACUCUGCGCUACCUCUGGCGCGCCGUCGACCCGGUGGCUGCGGGCUCUGGUGCCCAACGCGCCAAGCGCAAGGUGACACGUAUGAUUAUCAUUGUGGCCGCGCUCUUUUGCCUCUGUUGGAUGCCCCACCACGCGCUUAUCCUCUGCGUGUGGUUCGGUCACUUUCCGCUCACGGGCGCCACUUAUGCGCUGCGCAUCUUCUCACACCUGGUCUCCUAUGCCAACUCCUGCGUCAACCCCAUCGUCUAUGCGCUGGUCUCCAAGCAUUUCCGCAAGGGCUUCCGCAAAAUCUUCGCAGGCCUGCUGGACAGCACACCACGCCAAGCCUCAGGUCGCGUGUGCAUUGCGGCACCUGGCACCCACAGUGGCAGUGUGCUGGAGCGUGAGUCCACCGAUCUGACGCAUGUGAGCGAGGUGGCUGGGCUCCCUGUCUCUGUCCGGGAUCUUGCCAGCUGUGCAGCCUCUGGCCCUUCCCAGCACCAAAAGACCCUCAACAUCCUGACAGUUAAUGAGACCUGAGAGCACAACGGGAAACAGGCUUUGGAUGUUGAAGGACUGGAGUUUGAAGAUGGGAACUGUAGGGAGUCUCUUUUGUUAAUAAAACUCGCCAAUCAUUUCA